AACCCAGUCUACUCCAUGUGAUGAUGCAUUGCCAAUGUAUUUUUUUAUUACUGCUAAAAAUUGAAGUCAAAUGGGGAGGCGGGUGGGAUCUGGACCACGUACAAACUCUGAACUGAUAGAUAAUGAUGGCUGCAUCGCAUGUCAUCACCAUUCAUUCACCCAUCUGUAUUAUAUCAUCAAAUCAUCAUUUUCAUCUUAAUUAAGCAUCAUCAAAUUUAAUGAGCAUUCAAUGCUCUGGAACCAAACAUAGAGGAGUAGGACAUACAAGAUGGUUAGAGAGGCAGCCCAUGACCAAGAACAACCACUAUUGCAACCACAUCAGAGUCCUUCUUUGAAUGACCUUCCUUUCCCUUCCUUUCUCAUCGAUUACUUGUAUGCAGGACACUUCUUAGCCAGAUGGGGUGCCAGAACUUGGGAAUUCUCUGUUGGUUUAUACAUGAUAAGUGUUUGGCCAGAUUCUUUACUCCUUGCUGCAAUUUAUGGCGUCAUCGAAUCUGCCUCUACUGCUUUGUUUGGUUCUAUCAUCGGAGAAUUGUUGGAUAGGUUAUCAUAUGUAAAGGUUCUCAGACUUUGGUUGGUGACCCAGAAUCUCUCCUUUAUAAUUGCUGGAGUCGCAGUCACUGUGUUACUAAUCUGCUCAACUCUGAGGUCGACAAAUUUUGGAGCAUUCAUCCUACUUAUCAUAGUAACCAACAUUUCAGGAGCGGUUGGUGUGCUUUCUACUCUAGCUGGAACCAUCUUAGUAGAAAGAGAAUGGGUGGUAGUGAUAUCAGAAGGCCAUUCUCCUGAAUUACUGACAAAGAUGAAUUAUAUUAUCAGACGAAUUGAUUUAACUUGCAAGCUCCUCGCUCCAAUCGUUACUAGCUUCAUUAUCAGCUUUGUAUCACUUAAAGCCUCUGCCAUAGCUCUGGCACUAUGGAAUAUAAUAUCAGUGUGGGUGGAGUAUUGGCUCUUCCUAUCUGUACUUGGCGGGAUUCCAGCUUUAGGAGAAAGCAGCCAGAAGAGGCUCUUGAGACUCUCUCCAACCAAUGUAGAAGACAGUUCAUCCACGUCUGACAUGAGGAAGAGCUUACUUCCUCAUGAUGAAGGAAGUUUGGCAGUGGUAGAAAAAAGAGGGGGAUGGAAAAUCAUAGAAAGGUUUUCGAAAGUCCCCUUUGUGGGUGCGUGGAUUGUGUAUCUACAACAAGAUGUUGUGCUUCCUGGUGUUUCUCUGGCUUUAUUAUAUUUCACAGUCCUCAGCUUUGGAAUUUUGAUGAUAGCUGCCUUAGAGUGGAAUGGAAUACCUGCAUAUGUCAUUGGAAUAGCACGCGGCAUAAGUGCUACAAUUGGAAUAGGAGCAACAGUUGCUUACCCAGUGUUACAUUCUCAUAUUUCAACUCUCCGAACAGGACUCUGGUCUAUAUGGUCUCAGUGGGCCUGCCUCUUAGUAUGCGUUGCUUCAAUAUUGGUCAAAAAUAACAUUCUAUCCGCAUACAUGCUGAUGGGUGGAGUGGCAGCAUCUCGGCUUGGAUUAUGGAUGUUUGAUUUAUCUGUCAUCCAGCAAAUGCAGGAUGAUGUUCCUGAAUCUGAUCGCUGCAUUGUCGGUGGUGUCCAGAACUCACUGCAGUCUUAUUUGGAUUUAUUGGGUUAUGUGAUGGGAAUAAUCAUCUCAAAUCCACAGGAUUUCUGGAAAUUGAUUUUGAUAUCCUUUCUGGCAUCGACAUUAGCGGCAUUACUCUACACUUUGCAUAUGUAUCGUGUUCGUAAGCACCUCAUUCACUUUGAGAAGUUGGUAAUGGUGUUUAAAUGGUCUCUAAGAUCAUCUGAAAUUGCAACUGCGAAUUGAAGGUUUACGCCUCUGCUACAUUUGCUGAAUUUUAAUCUUCAUCCAGAGAUAAAAAAAACAUGAAAGAUGCUGUUGAUGCAUGAGUUCAAUGCAGUGAUACUGGUAGUAUUAGGUUUGAUAGGCUUCUAAAACUUAUGCUCUUGCGGAGAGUGUAAUAGAAAUCAUUGAAAGAUGCUUGAGAUGGAUUGCUGCACUUUGUAGUUUGUUUUCCUUCUUGAGUAAAUCUGUGUGAUUUUCAAGGCA